AUGGCCCCGACACGAUCUCUGUACGUUUCCGUCGGCAUCCUGAGCAUCUCUGGUGGUUCCCUUCUGCUUUUGGUGAACAAUUAUGCCAGCUCUCCUGAAAAUGACUUCAUCCCUUAUACUGCACUGGGGAUUCUGCUCCUCAUCGUUGCAACCCUUCUAGCGUACACAGGUGUCUAUCACAGUCUGUCCUACACCCGGCUGUUCUCCACUUUGUGCCUGACGGUCUCUGCUCUGUGGUGUGGCUCUGGUCUGGUGUACAUCCUGGUGGGACAGAAUGUGUUGAACCCUGGGGAGCUCAGAGCCUCUCUGGUCCCUGGCCUAGCAGCAUUUGCAUUAGCCCUGUUCAUCAUAGCCGGUGCUGCAGUGGUAAUGAAGAAGGCAGUUCUGUUUAUUAUAUCUGUCGGUAUUUCCUUUGCCUGUGCCCAUCAAAUCGCGGGUCUGUCAGUUGCAAAUUUUGGUCAGUCUGCCACGGCUGCUUACUACUUCCUUGUCUGUCUGGUGUGUGUUUACUUUGGAUUUGGACGUCUGCUGUCCAUGAUCACUCAUGGUAAAGUGGAACCUCCAGGAACAGUCCUGAAGAAAAAGCAGGAUCUGACAACAGAGCAGAAACAGGGGUCCAGUGAUGUAGUAUCAGUAGGUUUGGUGAUGAACUUGUUAUCAGCCUGUGUAUUAGUCUGUCCUCUGUUAGGUGUGGUCCCUCAACUCUUUGUGGGCCAUGUUCCUUGGCUGUGGACAGCUGGAGUCUUCCAGCUAGGCAUAUGUAUCCUCUGCUAUCGAGAUAUGGACACGCUAGCUGCCACUUUCUAUGGUUUCACAUCCCUGCUGAAAUUUGCUGAGGGUUACACAGCUUUAUUAUCAUUUUAUGCCAUUCAGCCUUACUCCCCUGUCCCCUUCCCCGUUGUGUUCUCUGUGCUUUUCUUCGUCCUUGCUCUGUUCAGCUGUCAGAAAAGCUUACUGGAGGGGUUCUACCAGUUAUUUUUCACAGCUUAUUGCAUUGCCAUUGCAGCCCAGCCUCGAGGCUUCUUCCAGGGAGGCACUCAGGGUGUGCAGGGAGCUAUAUUUGUAAUUUCAGCAAUCAUGCUUUUAGUUACCACGUUCAACAUGGUCUCCAGUACCAUGAUUCCCAUAGGACAGGGCUAUUUCAAGGCCUUAUUCAGCAGGAUGCAGAGCAUUACCCUCAGAGCACGUGAUCACACUCCCCACCUGGGCUACUCAAAGUAUGCAGAUGCAGAGGUGUUAGGCCAUGCCUGCAACGUGUUGGCUGCUUUUGCUGUCACGGCCACAAUUGCCGACAGAAAUCCUCUGUACGUGUUGGUUCUGCCCUGGGUGGUGAUGGCUGGUGGGGCCCUGCAGCUGUUGUGUGGUUCAGUAGCUUUCUCUCGGGGUAAAACCUUUGAGAGCACAGUGUUUUAUCUGUACGGCGUGAUGUGGAUAGUGUGGGGGCUGACACGCUACGGCGGCCUGUACGGUGAAACCAGAGGCUUUCAACUGGCCGUCGGGAUCAUUGGCUUCAUGCUGUUCAACGUUUUGGUGACUGUUGCAGCACUGUUUGUAAAUGUGGCCUGGUUUGUCUACGCAUUCACCUUCCAGCUCAUACUCAUCAGCUUCCUGCUGGAUGCAGUAGGUGCACUGCCUUAUGGUUAUGACAUAGGAGUCACCAUCAUCUUUGGCCUCGUCAGUUUUUAUUGUUUCUUGGCGCACAUUUUCAAUGACACGUUCCAGUCCCCCCAGAUCCCAUUAGGAAAACCUGUAGUCAGGAUGAGUGGGGUAGGGGGAGGGGCAGAUGUCUGUCCACAUUUACCUGCGCGCAAGGUCACAUCAGUCCAUCAGAUUGCAGAAAUCAUGAAGAAUGGCGGUAUAUGUGGAAUGCCUACUGACACCGUCUAUGUGCUGGUGGCCGCUUGCAACCGGCCAGAUGCAGUGGUUAAAGCUUACAAGGUGAAGAAACAAGCGCAGGACCGGCCCAUGUCCAUGUGGAUCUCCUCCAUCAAGCAGCUGGAGCCGGUGCGACACCUGCUGAGCCCUCUGCUCCUGGACUUCAUGGAGGCUGCGUGGCCGUCGUCAAUUAGCAUGGUUAUACCCAGAGGACCAUGGAUGGACAUCUUUGGUUUGGGAGAUGCUGCCAUACACAUAGGGACUCCACAAAGCAUUGCUAUCAGAAAUCCAGACUGUGCUGUAGCCACUCAUCUCAUCAGUCUGGUGGGGCCCAUUGCCGUAACCUCCGCCAAUCCCACAGGAGAGGCAGACACAACUCACCAUAACCAAGUCUUUGCCAAGCUAGGAGACAAGGUGGAUGGAGUGUUAUGUGAUGGACCAUCCCCAGAGAACAUUGCAUCCACUGUAGUUGACUGCACCAAGAUUGAAACUGGACACAUUGGCUUCUUCAGAGUGGGUCUCAUUCCCAAGUCCAAGGUUCUCGAAAUCUUUGAGGAGGUCCAGAAGCGGCACAGACAGGGACAGACAAAUCCUGCUUUUGUGCCAGAUGUACAUUCAGAAAUGCAGUCAGAGGAGAGCAGUCCUGAAGAAGACAGCACAUCAGAGUCAGGGAGAGGAAGUGAAAAUUCAACACCAUCCACUGUUUCUCCAGGACAAAGUCCAAUCCUUAGAAAUGGUUCAUAGUGUCAAUGUAUCAAUAAUAAUGAAUUCUGAAGUACAAUUAUGUGUUUAUCAAGAGUGUUUGUUCACUUGACUGGUUUGCAGAGUUGAAUACAUUGUGUAUUAUGUAUAGCUAACACAGAAAUUUUCAUACACAUAAUGUAUUUUUUUAUAUCUUUAUAUAAAUUUACUGUAUAAACAUAAAUAAAAAUUGUAUUGUUAAUUUAUAUUACAUAACAUUGUGCACUUUUUAUGUUUUAGGGCAUUUUGUUGAUAUACACUUCUUGUAUUGUCAAAGAAAAUAUGUAAUGUUCAAUUAAAAUUGUCCAGCGGAGCAUGCCAUGUGCCCUGGAUCAGCUGUUCUUUUGA